CGUCCCCCUCCACCAUCUUGAGAUCUGCGCACUGUGCAAGUCGUUCAACUCAGCUCGCUAUUUUUCAAAAAUGUCUGACCAGCUUUGUAAACUUUUUGUCGGUGGGUUAAAUGUGGACACCGACGACGAUGGCCUGCGCAAGCAUUUCGAGCAGUACGGUACGCUCACCGACUGCGUUGUCGUCGUGAACAAGCAGCUGCAGCGGUCCCGCUGUUUCGGCUUUGUAACCUACUCCACACCAGAGGAGGCCGACGCAGCAAUGGCGGCUAGGCCGCACACCGUCGACGGCAACGCGGUCGAGGUGAAGCGGGCUGUGGCGAGAGAAGACGCCAACAAACCAGAGGCCCUCGCAAAGGUGAAGAAAAUAUUCGUCGGAGGCCUGAAAGACGACAUCGAAGAGGACCAUCUCACCGAUUACUUUUCUCAGUACGGUCAAAUCGAGAAGGCCGAAGUCAUCUCCGAGAAGGAGACCGGAAAGAAGAGGGGAUUCGGCUUUGUUUACUUCACCGAUCACGACGCAGCCGACAAGGCGGUCGUAGUGAAGUUCCACACCGUCAAUGGACACAAAGUUGAAGUGAAGAAAGCCCUGACCAAGCAGGAGAUGCAGGCGGCCAACAGGAGCGGCAUGCCGCCGAGAGGCAGACCAGGUAGAGGCAUGAGGGGAAAUCAAAAUGGCUACGGCAGCAGGGACUACGGCGGAAACUACAACUACGGAAAUGGCGGAGGCUACAACUGUGGCGGCUACGGAGGUUACGGCGGCGGUCCAUAUGGGGGUGGCUAUGGAGACCAGGGAAGCGGCUAUGGCGGUGGAAACGGCUACAAUGAGUUUGGCAGCGGCUAUGGCCAGCAUUCUUCAGGUUACGGCCCCAUGAAAGGACCACCCUUCGGCGGACAGAGGAGCGCAGCGCCCUACACCAGAGGAGGAGGCGGCGGCGGCGGUGGCGGCGGCUACCCGAGGGGGGGCUACGGCGGCGGCUACUAAAUGAGACUGCACAAUGGAGAAUCGACCACCCCACCCCCCAGCCAUAAUUUACCUCCAGCCGGGAUUUGGACGCUCAACUCAAAUUCAGUAACGGGGCGUCUGCCGUGAAACCCAACUACGGCAGAGAUACGGACACAGAGAUCCCCCUAAUCAUAAUGAAGACCUCAAAAACCCAAACAGGUGUUCUUACUCGUAUUCCAGUAGGCUAUCCCAGCCAAAAUAGCCUUAGCAGUUUGUUUUAGGCUACAUCAGGACCCUGUUGAUUACCUGGGGUCGAUUGUGAUAGGAGUCUGAAAUAUCUCUUUAGGAUAUCCACAUCCAGCAAACUAGGUUGCUACGGUAACCUGGGUAACAUCACCCCGAACACGAUGGGGUGUGUCUCUCCACGCCAACGGGGGGACCGGAGAGUGGUUGUGGCUUCUCCCCCUCAGGUGAAGUCACUUUUCACAAAGGAUUCCCCAGUGUGGUCUAAAUGCAUUUUAAAGAGUCUUAAUUGGUUUUAAUCCUUUUUUUUGGGGUUUUAAAAUUCAGGAGACUUUUGAUAACACAGUGCCCCAGUGCAAACACAAGUGCUCUUUUACCAGUGACCAGCACUGGACCUGUGAUAUCGGACUGAACCAGGAUAGUGGCUUCCAGUCUUUGCCCCGUGGCAGCUUAAAAUGAAACCUUGUCCGUGUCACCUCUCAUACAGGUUAGGGUCUUUGUGUCGACAUGAGUGAUUGUUGGGUUAAUGAAAAAUGUGAUUAAAAAUCUAUUUACAUCAUCUUGUGACCUCUCAGAUUUAUUUAAAUUCACCGACUGAAGUACUGGUGAUGACCUGGGAGAAUAGUUUGCACUUUGGGCACUGUGGUUUUCAAAGUACAAUAAAUAUUUGAAUUAUAAUGUUUGUCUUGUGUUUUUAAUAGUGUACAGGUUUUCCUUUUUGAUUUUAUAAAUUCCAUAAAGGUAGUGUAUAAGCUUGGCAUACAAUAUGGUUCCAUUUCCCCAAUUCAGCAUUACCUGAGGUAAACUUGCUUGGUGUAGCCAUUGUGCCACUUCAGUCUGAGUGAUAAUUAUGGAUGUUUAUCAUUCUACCUGUGGCCCAAAAAUUCAAUAUAACAGAGCUUGGGGAAUUAUUGUGCAAUUGUAUUGAUGAGCAUUUGUCUGCAGACUUUCAAGACGAGGAGCAAUGGUGGGAAGUCACAUGCUUCUACUGUCAUGCAUACUUAAACAGGAAGUAGAAGCAUGAUGUGCACGUUGCUUAUUCAAUUCCUACUUAAACUGCAGGUCACCUUCCGAGACCUCCAGUGUGUGACCUUUGGGAGGAAAUUUCUUUGUACAUUGAUGAACUCUGCCUUAAUAUUCCGUCUGUUACUUUUACCAUGAAACGAGAUGGAAAAUGGCAAACUGUUAUCCUAUUGAAUUUUGACUGUUUUCUGAAGGUCUGUUGGCCGACAGGCUCUAUGCAGUAAGUAACCAAGAAGUGAAUGCAGUUCAGUAUCUGCAUUUGGACCCCCCCCCAAGCUUAAUGUGCAGUGCCUGUAAAUUAUGAAUUGCUAAUAGGGGGGAAAGCUGCAAAAUGAACAGACUGUGAAUACAUGUCCUGAACAUGUGCCUGAAAUUUGAAUUAAACAGGCUCUGGGUGUGAAUAAAGACCCAGACCUUUUUGUCAAUUUGACUGUUUAGGUCUUCAAGUCUGCUUUCAGAAAUGCCGAUCAAUACCUAAAUAGAAAAUACAUUAUUGUUAAUGAGAUCUGUGUUUAAUUAGGUCAGUGUGGGGUUUUAUUGGUAAACAUAAAGGGCCAAUGCUUGAAGAAGUCUAAUGAGCUGGAGUAACCAUGAGAGAUUAACAAACUCUUGAUUGAUGAGCAAACAAUACAUCUGACAGUAUUAACGUGUUUCCAGAUGUAGCAGUGGUGCCUUUGAGUUUAAGGACAUAGCCACUGCAAUUGGGCAUUUCUAUAACUUAACCCUGUCUAAUGUACUGUGACAAGUGAGGAGACCCAGUGUGACACAAGUGUGUGUGUGUGUGUUGAAGUGAUGCUAGACAUGGCGAUGGGAGUGUAUAUAUGACUUUUGUUCUCUUACCCUUAUAGGAUAAUGGUGCUUUCUGAUCAUCCCGUAGGAAAAGGAAACAUCUGUUAUGUUGGUCGUGCUUUUUAUGAAUAUACAAUAAAUAUAUAUAUUUUUAUACACCAA